UAUUAUUAGUUCCAUCAUUAUAUUCAGUUCAGAACGAAGUAACCAAGAAACUCAAUACUCCAGGUUGUAAUAACUCAUAAUUCACGUCUUCUUUCCUCCUUGCAAUUGAUGAGUUAUUGACAUGCAUGAAUCUAUAAAAGGAAGUACAUAUUCAGAGUUUUAGCAAUCAUCCAAGAGCUUAAUUUGUUAUAGAUACACACACUAGUGACGUAGAGUCACAUCCUCAAUAGCAUAUCCUAUAGCUAGCCAUAUUAAUAGCAUUAUCCUAUAUAUGGCAGGGUCAUCCUCCUCCUCCACCUCCAAUACUACUCCACAAAAGCACGAGGUGUUCGUUAGCUUUAGAACUGAGGACACAGGCAAGACAUUCACAAGUCAUCUUAGUGGUGCUUUGGAAAGAGUAGAUAUCAAAACCUAUGUAGAUAACAAUAAUCUUGAGAGAGGAGAGGAAAUACCCACAACCCUUGUUAGGGCUAUUGAGGAAGCAAAGCUCUCCAUCAUUGUUUUCUCUAAGAACUAUGCGGCUUCUAAGUGGUGUUUGGAUGAGCUCCUGAAAAUACUUGAGUGUGGAAGGGCCAAAAGGCAAAUUAUAGUGCCUGUUUUCUAUGAUAUAGAUCCUUCUGAUGUGAGGAGUCAGAGGGGCACCUAUGCUGAGGCAUUUGCCAAACAUGAGCGAAAUUUUAAUGAAAAGAAGAAGGUACUAGAAUGGAAGAAUGGUUUGGUAGAAGCAGCCAAUUAUGCUGGUUGGGAUUGCAAGGUCAACAGGACAGAAUUUGAAAUUGUUGAGGAAAUUGUCAAGGAUGCGCUGGAAAAGCUAGAUCGCGCGAACGUUAGUGACCUGGAUCGCCAUAUCAAUAAAAUGGAGCAACUUGCACGACUUCAACAUCAAUUCUAUGAGGACAUACGUACUUAUGAAAAUAUGCUAAAACGUGAUGCGACCGUACAACGUGUCACAGAACUUAAAAUGGAGAGAAGUAUCCGUUUGCUUCGUCUCACGCCAGAUAUGCUCUCCCAUUUGGGAAAUUCAAGCACUAAUGACUUUUUUUGAUUCGUUGGAAUAAUGAUAUUCACAAUUUGUUAAUUAUUUGUCAAAUAUUAUGAAUAUUAUCUUUGACAUUAUGUACUGAUACAAAAAUUGAAUAUAUGGAAAUGAUGUAAACAAUGCAGGGUACUGCGGGCACUCUUCAUCGUAAUAAAAUUUAGUUUUUGCUGUAAAAAAAAA